CAAUUAUUGAUGGCAAUGGAAGCAUCCCCCUCUGGAUAGCCAAUCGAUCACAUGCAGGUACGAUCCGCGCAAUUUGACGUGCAUUGCUGCCGGACUCCGAAGCAGGGUCCCCAGGAAAAGGUGGCUGGUAUUGACGCCCCAGCCACACUGUUUUCUUGCAGAUGUCUCUGUUUCACCCACGCCGCCAACCACCUUACCUUCAACAUUCUCGUGUUCUUCAGCGACCAGCCAUCACAUUAUUUUAGUAGCUAUACAAUAUGAACAUCCGUCCUCCCGGGUCUCUGCAUGAACUCUUCCCGUCUCUCUUGUCCAGUGAUUGGUUUUGCAGCAUCGACGUUAGGUUGUGCCCACUCCCAAGCUUCCUCAACCUCACACACAGAUCCUCACCUAGGGAGGCUUUCGUACAAUGCGCGGCGGGUCAGUGUCACUGUUGUUGACAUGGACUCUGGCACUCGGCUUGCCUAGUACAAGCGCUCUACCGCGUCCGGGCGUCGACGUCCGCGCUGCGCCAACAGACUCUGGCAGCAAGCCGCAGUACUCUAUCAUCCCGCUGGAGCCAGACGAGGACGACGCCCACCAGCCGGGCAAGGAAGGUGGGGACGACGAGAGCGAACCGGACAAUGGGGAUGGAGAUUCGACAGUGACGCUCACCCAGACGGUCACACACGUGCCGAACCCAGUCACGCAACGCAUCACACAAACAGUUCCACCAGAGGUUGAGACGGUCACACAGAAGAUUGCUGUGCCAACGACGGUGAUCUCCAUCAUCGACUUGGAGGCAGAGCCCACGGCGACAGUCUAUAUCACACAGACACCUCUGCCUCCAGUACCAGCUCCGCAGCCCGAGCCUGCUUCUGAACCUGCCACAACACUGACAACGACGACGACGACGACGACGACUGAUUCCCCCGCCACCGAUACCGCCACCACUCCCAGCGCCUCCUCUGUCACACUCGUCAUCCCGGCUUCUCAGACCACUGCCGUCCCCGUGAGAGUGACUGAGGUGCCAGUGCUGCCCGUUGCGCCAUCAAGUGCGAUCAGCCCCCCACCGCUGACCACCCCGACCAACCCAAUGCCCCAAGGCCCCGUUGCGACGAAACUGCAACCUAUUGUUCCGUCUUACGUGGAAGAAGUCGUGACCUUCACCACACCAACCACGUUUUCGACUCUGGUCAGACCAUCGCAGUCUGGAACCUACGAUGACGGGCAGUGGCACACGAGCUACCCACCGUGGAACGAAACAGCGUCCGCGGGAGGGGCCUUGUAUUGAGGAACUCAGGACAGCGACCUGAAGGCCCCGCAGAGUGUGAAUGGAAAUGCGAUCAUGUGUAACGGCCGCUUUUGAUUUUGAGCACAGGCGUUUAGGAAUGGGAUGGACGACGCGCGCAGUCGCGCGCUGGGCUGGAUAGGAUUAUCCACAAGGGCCACUCAUCAUAUAGAAUGUUCUCUGGGAUAGACAUCACGGCCUAUGAAAUGUGUUUAUGUACAAUGAGGGGCAAGAGGGUGCCGAUGGUCACAAUUGAUAUGUGAUAACAAGAUGGAAUUGGUUGGGCAAGAUCGGACAUGGCAUAGUAUGAAUGCAUGGAGCGAUGAAUCUGAAACUACAUUUGGUCGACAAUGCCUGAA